AUGUUAAAGAAUUAAUAGUCACUAUAUGAAUUUCAUGUAACAUGUGUGUGGAGAAAUAAAUAAUACAAAUAUAUUGAUAAAUUAUAGAACCAUAUCUAUAUAGCUGAAGAUUUAUAACAUAAUAAUAGAAAAAUUAUUAUAAAGUAAAUCACAGAUUAGUAUAAAAAAUACAGAGAGGUAAUUAUAACAUAUUAAUAAAACAAUAGAGAGAAAAAUAAAUCACAAAAGAUCUAAUAAGGUUAUAUAAAUCUAAUCAGUACAACCCCCAGAUUAUUGAAUAUUAUGAUUUAUUUGAAGAGGAUGAUAGUACUUAUAUUGUAAUGCAAUUAUGUGAUAGUGAUCUAUAUGAAUAUUACUAGAAUAAACUUAGUAAAAUUUAGAAAAAUACUCAAUUUUAUUGUAAAGUUCUCUCUAUCAUUCGAUAAAUUAUUGAAGGAUAUCAAUAUUUGAUCUAUAGUUUUGGAUCAGGCUUUUUACAUAGAGAUUUAAAGCCAUAAAAUAUUUUGUUGGUUGAUAAUCAAUUCAAAAUUUGUGACUUUGGGCUUAGCAAAAAUACUAAUGAAAACCCAACCAAAAGAAUAGGCACACAAAAAUUUUAAGCUCCCGAAAUGUACGGAGAUAAUACCUAUGAUAAUAAAUGUGAUAUUUAUUCUUUAGGAAUUUUAUUAUUGUGGCUAUUGACUGGUCAAUAUUCUAAAGAUUACAUUUCUUAAUUGAAUCUCAAUUUUUAAGAUUUAUUAACACUUAUGUUGGAUGAUGAUCCCAUUAAAAGAAUAAGUUGGAAAUAGCUUUUCAAACAUCCAGUUUUUGUUAAAGAACCUAUUGAUUUCUUAGAAACAGAGAGACUUAAUUAAACUUCAAUUACAUUUUAGGAUUUGUCACAAAUAAUUUAAUUUGCUGAUUUGGAUAGCACCUAGUCAAGCUUCUCUCCAAAAGUCAUUACAUCUUUCAUUAAAUAAAGUAAUUAUGUACAGCAAUUGGAAUUGAAUAAAUUAAUUAGUGACACAUUCAAACAUGUAGAUGAAAGUAAUUUAGAACUUACAAGAAUCUUAUUUGCUCUUUGGAUAAAAAUAUAUGAUUAAGAAAUUUUGUAAGAAAAAGAUGAACUAAGGAGAAGGGAGUAUCAUAAACUUAAGUUGCAAAUUUAGAAUUAGUAAUUGAUUCGAAUUAAAACUUAAGUUGAUUAUAGAAUUGAAUUUCUAUCAAUUAAGGAACUAUGUCAUAAAUUAAGUUAUCAUAUGGAACAUUUUAAGAACGAUGAAGACUUAAAAAAUAGAUUAGAAAAUUUUCUAAAAAAUAAAAUGAAUUAAGUCUAGUGUUUAUGA